GGCAUGCCCCGCGCGCAAAGGCAUCACAAUGCUUCCAAGCCGCACCACACCGCCCCCACUGUCGAGAAGAGGGAGUUGCAGGCAGGAGGAGGAGAAGGAGGGAUGAAGCCAGAAGGAGAGCUCAGGUAGAUGGACUAUAGGCAAAUUGGGGAAGAAGUUGCUACAAAGGUCUUAUCGUACAUCCAGGAAGAUAUAUCAGAAUGGAAAGUGGAAAGAAUUACAAAAAAUAUUAAAGUGUGGUCAAAACCUUCAGAAGACUUUGAAGGAAUGCUGUACCGUGCUGAAGCACUUGUGGAAACACCACCUGAUAAACUCUUUCCCUUCCUUUACCUUCCUGAGCACCGUUCCAAAUGGGAUAAGGCAGUACAGUCAUACAGAAAUGUGGAAACAAUUGAUAAGGACACUUUCAUUAUUCACGUUAUUACACACAGUUAUGGCUUUGGAAUGGUAUCACCAAGAGACUUUGUCUCCGUGGUGCAUAUUAAAAAGUAUGAUGGAGAUUUAAUGACAUCCAACUCUGUUGGCGUCAAUCAUCCAAGCUGUCCUUCAUGUCCAAAAUAUGUCCGUGGUAACAACUAUCCUUCUGGUUAUGCAUGUUCUCCCUUUCCAGGAAACCCUCAGCACACCAAAUUUGUGGCAAUCCUGCAGGUGGAUUUAGGAGGACUGUUACUGCCUUCCCUGAUAAGCUCUGUUUUGCCUACAACUCUCGUAAACUUCAUCACAGACUGCAAAGCUGGACUUAGACUUAGAGCACGAAGAAGAAGUGUCCCAUUAAAGCCUACUUCUGUGUGAAA